AUGGUACAGCAGCUUCUCACCUACCAGAAAAACAUCACAGCUGAGUCUGGGCAGAACAUCUCGCUGCCAUGUCGAGCUCCAACUAAUAAUAAGCAGAUCUUGGCUGUUCAGUGGAGCAGAGCUGACCUGAAGCAAGAAUAUGUGCUUUUGUACAGAGAUGAGGUUUUUGUUCCAGACAACCAGCAUCCAGCUUUUAAGAACCGGGUGGAUCUGCAGGACAGACAGAGGAAGGAUGGAGACGUGUCUUUGAUUCUGAAGAAUGUGACGAUUAAUGACACUGGAACAUACGAGUGUCGCGUCUUCAGGAGAGGAACAAACCACAGGAUUAGAACCAUCAGCCUGAGUGUUGUUCCUCCAUCAGAUGGAGAGGAGGAGGGUGGAGUCAGCAGAGGACGCUUUGGACUGGUAGCUGCUCUGUCUGCUUUUGUUGUGAUCAUCACUGUGAUAGUUGUGAUCUCCAAGAAACAGAAGAUGAAGAAUACUCCCACUUCCUCCCCAUCUUGAGGAACUAGCUUAUAUGGCUCUGGUCUAAAACAGAAAACUGAGAACUUUUCUUUGAGGGCAGAAGAAUAACCAGAGUCUGAC